AUGGGAGCUGAUGACAAGGAAGGGAAAUCAGAAAUUAUGCUGGGUUGGGGGUAUGUGGAAUUGGAGAUGGAAGAAGUCAGUUGGGUCUCAGUGAAUGGAGUUUGGGAUGGGGGUCACUUGGAACAGAGCUUGGUUACCACAGUAAAGAUGUUAUUCAAACGAUUCCUCUGGCUGGUGGUUUUAGUUGGCCUCACCUACUCUGAUGAAACAGAUGAACAACCAGAAGACACUGAAUCUGAACCUGAACCUGAACCUGAAGCCGUGCCUGAAUCUGAACCCGAGCCCGAACCUGAACCUGAAUCUCCUGUUGACAUCAGUUGUCGGAACUGGAUGGCAGGAAUACCUGGCAGUCCCGGCCACAAUGGUAUCCCUGGCAGAGAUGGUAGAGAUGGUCGUGAUGGUGCAAAGGGAGAAAGUGGAGCAACAGGAGAACCAGGACCAAAGGGCGAUGAAGGAGUACCUGGCCUACCAGGUUUAGAUGGUAAAGAAGGGCUUGCUGGGCUUCCAGGAGACAAGGGAGAAAAGGGAGAUAGUGGCUAUUCUUACCGUUCUGCAUUCAGUGUGGGUCUGACCACAAGAAAUCCUGUCCCAAACAUGCCUAUCAAGUUCUCCAAAAUAUUCUACAAUGAUCAAAAGCACUACAAUGAAGACACUGGCAAAUUCAGUUGCCCAUACUCAGGAGUCUACUUCUUUUCAUAUCACAUUACUGUCUAUACAAAGGAUGUCAAAGUUGGCCUGUAUAAAAACAAUAAGGUUAUCAUUUUUACUUAUGAUCAGUUUCAGAGUAAUGAUGUAGACCAAGCUGGAGGUUCUGUAGCUGUUCAUCUGGAUGAAGGGGAUGAAGUGUGGUUGCAGGUUUAUGGAGAUAAUACAUUUAAUGGGAUUUAUGCUGACAACAAUAAUGACUCCAUGUUUACAGGAUUCCUUCUGUACCCAGAUCUGCAUUAAACAACUUUUAUUACUACACUCCUAAAACAAGUACAGAAUUUCUACUUAAAUUACUUUAAAUUUGUCACCACUGGUGCUUGCUUUCCAACUACGA